UCUUUGGUCAUCUUGCAUCAUCGUUUGGUUCUACUCGGCUAUUUCUCUCUCUCAUCUUGGCCGUGGUCUACUCCUCUUUCGGCAAAGGGCAAAAGAGAUGGCGACGGCGGAUCGGAUUGUCGGGGUAGCGGUGGAUUUCUCGGUUUGCAGCAAAGCGGCGCUCCGGUGGGCGGUCGAAAACAUCGUCCGCCCCGGCGACCACCUCAUCCUCAUCAACGUCCAGAAGGAGGUUCUCUACGAGGAGGGCGAGAUGCAGCUCUGGGAAGCCACCGGAUCCCCACUUAUCCCACUAGUUGAGUUAUCUGAUCCUGGUAUUGCAAAAAAGUAUGGGGUGAAACCUGAUGCUGAGACCUUGGAUAUACUCAAUACUGUAGCCAGGCAGAAGGAGAUUGUUGUUGUCAUGAAGAUCUACUGGGGAGAUGCUCGUGAAAAGAUUUGUGAAGCAAUUGAGAAUAUUCCAUUGUGCUGUCUAAUCAUUGGGAAUAGAGGGCUCAGCAAGAUUAAGAGGGUACUGCUCGGGAGUGUCAGUAACUACGUGGUGAAUAAUGGUACCUGUCCGGUCACAGUUGUCAAGUGUGCUGAACAUGAAGGCUAGAUACUUUCCUCUGUUCUUUUGGAUUGUAGUGUCAUAGUUGUAGCUCAGUCUGGUGGAGCUUUAAUUUCAUAGAUAGCUCAGAAUUUUCUUCCUUAAAUAAGAGCUUGAUUUCUGGUCUAUGCCAUGGACUUAUGUUUGAUGAGGAAUUUGUAUGUUGUAACUUAUGAACGUAUAUAACUGUUGUAUGUGUUGGGUAUUUUGGCUGACUGUUGUUUUGAGUAUCUGUUCAAAAAGUUUUUAGUUCUUUCUGAUUAUCUCCAUGUGCUGGAGUAAAAGAUCGUGGAUUGGAUGCCACAAUCAAGUUGUCAUAAAGCUUAUCCAAUAUUGUAUACCUUUCUUUAUUUGAUGAUCAGAUGCGUGAAACUGUGUAAUAUAUUUCAUGAUCUCAA